AUGUUGAUAUGUGAUCAUUUUUUACCGUCAGAUCCGUACAAUCCAAUUGUUGAGGCGUAUUUACAAGAGAUUGGUUUUUACUAUGUCUCUCAGAUUGGAGUCGUUCAAUACCAGUUAGCAAUGAUUAAUGCUCUCAUCGAGAGAUGGCGGCCAGAGACUCACACAUUUCAUUUUCCGGUUGGUGAGUGUGCUGUAUCGUUGGAGGAUGUGGUGAUGAUUCUCAGUCUGCCGACAAACGAAAUUCCAGUUACAGGACCAACCAUGAGUAGUUUUGAGGCCUUGGAGGUCGAGUGCUUGCACCACUUUGGUGUUGCACCGAGAAAGACGGACUGUAGAGGAAGCUUUAUAAAACUGACGUGGAUUAGGGGUUUGAAGGAUCGCACAGUGUUGACUAAUGAUAUUCAGAUUCAGAGGUAUGUCAAGUGUCACAUAAUGUUGUUAUUUGGGACAAUUCUGUUUGGUGACAAGUCUGGUGCAGCGGUGCAUUGGAAAUUUCUGUCUUUGCUCCGCAACUUUGCGGGAAUCAUACAGUGUCGCAACUGGGAACGUGGAAAUUAUGCUUACCGAUAUCAUACGCUUGCACACUACAGGAGGUUGUUGAAUGAUAUGCAAGAAGGACAUGCUUAUGGCAUUGACCACAUUGAGCCGGCGUGA